AUGCAGAACGACACAACCGGUUACCGCGUCAGAGAGAUCCCUUAUCUCAGGAUUAUGGUGAUCAUGUCGAACGUGGUCUUAGACGUUGUAGCGAUCGCUCGGGAUAAGCGGACGUCAGUUGCCUGCAAACGCUGUCGCAAGAGGAAGAUUCGCUGUGGCGGGCCUCAGUCUGGGAGCGAAAAGAGGUGUAAGAACUGCAGCAACAUGAACGGAGAGUGCAUCUUUGCACCGGCGUCCCCCAUCAGCUAUACAGCCGUUACUCCUCAUCCCUCCAGGUCUGCUGGAGGGCCGCUCGGAAGGACUAUAUAA